UAGUGAGACUUUGCCGAGUAGCGGCGCAAUGUUGAGUGCAAGCGUGAGUGGACCGUUAUUCGUAUCCCUCCACGGAUGCGCGCAGCUCCCCGGAUCCACUUUUACGCGCGGAUACUUUGAGUGACAAUUCGAUGCUCCUUUUUGGGGGGAAAUAAACGAGAGAGGGAGGGUGGAAAAGUUUCUUGUGUGUUGCGGGAAUGCUUUUCACCAUCCCGUGGAUGCCGUAUUGAUGAGGAGUGCACGUCGACGCUGGAGUUAAGUGCUCAAAAGAAGAUCACCGUGACAAAUUAAGUUUCCAGGUUCCACGUUCGGAACGUUUGGAUUAUAAUGCUGUAGCGUGGAUGCAUCAAGCUGCACCGGGCUGGCUGACCUGACCAUGGCGCGGCUUCACUCACUCCUGCUGCUGCUGUGGACUCUGUCGCGCUACUCGGCAUCCACGCAAGUCCGCCAAGAGUUCCGCGUGCUGGAGGAGCAGCCCGCGGGCACCUACGUGGGUCAGAUAGAGACCCGCGCCGGCUUCACGUACCGCUUCAGCGAGAGCCACAGACUUUUCGCCAUCAACGGCAGCACGGGAGUGAUCUCCACCUCGUCUGUGGUGGACAGGGAGCUGCUGCAGAGCGAUGUCAUCAACGUGGUGGUGCUCUCCAGUCAGCCUACUUACCCUACGGAGGUCAGGAUCGUGGUGUUGGAUAUUAACGACAACGCGCCCGUGUUCCCGGAUGCAUCUAUCGUGGUGUCUUUCAAGGAGGAUGCCAGCAGCGGCCGGCAGGUAAUCUUGGACACAGCAACCGACUCUGACAUUGGGAGUAACGGUGUGGACCACACCACCUACAGAAUCGUGAAGGGAAACCAACAGAGGAAAUUCCGCUUGGAUAUUACCGUCAAUCCCAGUGGCGAGGGCGCAUUCCUGCACCUGGUGUCGACAGGGGGCCUGGACCGGGAGCUCACGCCCUUCUACCAGCUGCUCAUCGAAGUGGAGGACAAGGGGGACCCUAAGAAGUUUGGCUAUCUGCAGGUGAACGUCACCAUCCAGGACAUCAAUGACAACCCGCCUGCAUUUGAGCAUGAACAGUAUGAGGCGAGCGUGUUUGAGGAUGCCGCGGUGGGGUCCAGCAUCCUGCAAAUCACGGCGUCCGAUCAGGACGAUGGGACCAACGCAGAGAUCAGGUAUUACCUAGACGAGGGCACCCCCUUUCAAAUUGACCCCAAAGACGGGACACUUAUCAUAAAACAAAGUUUGGAUUAUGAAAGUAAGAAGGCGUAUUCGCUGACUGUCCACGCGGUGGACAGUGGGGCACCGUCGUUGUCCGGUAGAACGGAGGCAACCGUCAAAUUGUUGGACGUGAAUGACAACGACCCUGUGGUGAAGUUCAGGUACUUCCCCACCACAUCCAAGUUUGCCUCUGUUGAUGAAAAUGCACAAAUUGGCACAGUGGUAGCACUGCUCACAGUGUCUGAUUCAGACUCCCCCACUGCCAACGGUAACAUCUCUGUGUCCAUCUUAGGUGGUAAUGAGCAAAGACAUUUUGAGGUGCACACGUCCCCUGUGCCCAAUUUGAGUUUGAUCAAAGUGGCCAGCGUGUUGGACAGGGAGCGAAUUUCCUCAUACAACCUAACAGUGUCGGUGUCAGACAAUGGCAAGCCAGUGGCGCGCUCGUCUUUUGCUAGUCUUGUGAUAUUCGUCAAUGACAUCAAUGACCACCCGCCGAUAUUCCAGGAGGCGCUGUAUAGGGUUGAUAUCAACGAAGACAUCCCCAAAGGCAGCUACAUAAAAGGGGUCUCUGCAACAGAUGGCGACUCCGGGCAAAAUGCCAACCUACGCUACUCGCUGGUGUCUGGAAACACUUUGGGCUGGUUCACCAUCAGCGAAAACAGCGGCCUGGUUACCAGCGCCGCUUUGUUGGAUAGGGAGGUUGCAUCGCAAGUUGUUCUUAACAUUAGUGCCAAAGACCAGGGGCUGCAGCCCAAGAUUUCUUACACGAAGCUCAUUGUGAGCAUUACUGAUGUGAAUGACCAAGUGCCCACGUUUACACAGACAAUGUAUCAUGUUUCCUUGGUGGAGCACGCACCGGCCGGCACAGAGCUGCUUGUGCUUUCAGCUUCUGAUGACGACCUGGGCGAGAAUGGGACAGUCCGUUUCUCAUUCGACGCCGAGACGGCGCCCGGCCUUCGCAAGCUGUUUCGCCUGGACGCCUCGUCAGGGCGUUUGAGCACAGCCGCGGAGCUGGACAGGGAGGAUCAGGCCUCUUACUUGCUCCACAUCCAGGCAGCAGACACAGGCACGCCCCCGUUGCACUCUGCUGGAAAAGUCAACAUCACCCUGAGGGAUAUCAAUGACAACAGGCCCGUUUUUUACCCUGUGCAGUAUUUUGCGAAUGUGAAAGAGAACGAGCCCCCGGGCACUUUUGCCACUACUGUUUCUGCCACAGACCCCGACUUGGGUCGCAACGGCACAGUGAAAUAUAUCAUCACAGCAGGCGACACCUCCAAAUUUCACAUUCACAGCAACACAGGUAAAAUUACCACACUGGCGUCGUUGGACAGAGAAGUCAAAACCACUUAUCAGCUGCAGGUGGCAGCUGCAGAUGGCGGUGGGCUGCACUCGCACACCCACGCCAUUGUCACUGUGACUGUAAUAGACACACAAGAUAAUCCACCCAUCUUUAGCCAGAAAGUUUACAGCUUUGUCGUGUUUGAGAACGUGGGCUCGGGAACAGUCAUAGGGACCGUGUCGGCCACCACUGUUGAUCUAAACUCGAACAUUUCCUAUCUGAUCACCUCGGGGGACCAGAGAGGGAUUUUUGCUGUAAACCCAGCCGGUCAAAUCACUGCGUCCAGUCAAAUAGAUCGAGAAGAGCAGGGCUUCUAUCACCUGAAGGUUGUAGCCAGAGCAGGUGAAAUAACAGGAGAGGCCUUUGUCAACAUCACAGUGAAGGAUCUGAACGAUAAUGCCCCCCACUUUAUUCACUCUGUGGAGCAUGUGAGCGCCGUGGAGAACUGGAGCAUGGGUCACAUAAUCUUCCAAGCCAAGGCAUCUGAUCCCGACGAGGGCGCCAACGGCAUGGUGGUCUACAGCCUCAAGCAAAACCCCAGAGGACUGUUUCACAUCCACGAGAAGCACGGCCUUAUCACGCUGACCGGGCCUCUGGAGGUCACCACCACAUCCUACGAGAUCGAGGUCUUGGCCUCGGACACGGGGGUCCCCCGGCACACCUCCAGCUUGGUGCUUAUCAUCAGCGUUUACGACGUGAAUGACAAUUCGCCUGUGUUUGGCCAGUUCUCCUAUGAGGUCGCCAUCCUGGAGUCGGAACCUGUCAACAGCCGCUUCUUCACAGUAGAGGCCACUGACAAAGACUCAGGCCUAAAUGGGGAGAUCAUGUAUGACAUCAUUGGCGGCAACACGGGGGACAUCUUUGGAAUUUUCCCAGAUGGGCAACUGUACAUCAAAGCAGAGCUGGACCGGGAGCUGCAGGACAGAUAUAACUUAGUGGUGGUGGCUACAGACCGCGCCGUGGAACCGCUAAGCGCCACCGUCAAUGUCAGCGUGAUCCUAGAGGACGUCAAUGACAACCGCCCCUUGUUUAACAGCACCAAUUACGUCUUUCACUUUGAGGAGGAGCAGGCGAGGGGUUCGCUGGUCGGCUUGGUCCACACCGAGGAUAAAGACUUUGGGCCAAACAGCGACGUCAGAUACUCGUUUGAGACUCCGCAGCCCAACUUCGAGUUGAACGCCAUCACGGGGGAGUUGACGAGCACACUGCAAUUGGACCGUGAGUCGCUCGUGAGACAAAGAGGCGCCGCUGCCUUCAGCUUCGUCGUCAUCUCGGCCGACCAGGGUCUCCCUAAACCCCUAAGAGACCAGGCCAAAGUGCAGGUUUACAUACAAGACAUCAAUGACAAUGCACCUAAGUUCACCAAAGACAUUUACCAGGCCUCCAUCUCUGAGUCGGCGCAGAACAUGACCCAGCUGCUACGCGUCUCCGCCUCUGAUGUCGACGAAAACAACAAUGGACUGGUUCAUUAUCACAUCACUGAGGGCAAUGAGGAGGGACAGUUUACCAUUGAUGAGAGCUCAGGACAAGUCACAUUAGUCGGCAAAAUGAACUAUGAAUCAACAGCCUCCUAUUCUCUGAAAAUAAUCGCUGUUGAUGCUGGCUUUGUGCCAUUAUCCUCCUCCUGUAUGCUUAGCAUUAGUGUACUGGAUGAGAAUGACAACACCCCGACCUUCCCCAAAUCCUUACUGUCUGUGGACGUGCAGGAAAACAUGAGAAUCGGCGAGCUGGUGGCCUCCGUGACGGCGAGCGACGCUGACUCUGGCUUGAAUGCAGAAAUAACGUACAGCAUCACCGCCACAAACAACCACGGCACAUUCAGCAUUAGUCCCAACACGGGCAGCAUCUUUCUGUUCAAAAAGCUGGACUACGAAACACAGUCGUUUUACAAGCUCAACGUCACAGCGAAGGACAACGGCCGACCCCAGCGCUCCUCUUCAAUUCCUGUCAUCAUACAUGUUCGGGAUUUCAACGACAACCCUCCCAUCUUCACUCCCGGGGACAUCUUCAAGUCCAUCCCGGAGAAUCUUCCGAUCUCGGCCUCGGUCAUGACAAUUACAGCUCAUGACACGGACGCAGAUAUCAACGGGCAGUUGGAGUACUCCAUUGUUCAGCAGGUCCCCAGAGGAGGCCACUUCAGCAUCGACCCGAGCUCCGGUCUCAUCUACACCACCAAGGAGGUGGACAGGGAAUUUUCCAACCUGUUUGAGUUGACGGUAAAGGCCACCGACCAGGCUGUGCCAUUUGAAUUCCGACGUUUUGCCCUUAAAAAUGUGACGAUAUGGGUCACGGACAUCAAUGACAACAUCCCCACUUUCGUGUCCCAGAAUGCCCUCGUGGCCGAGCCCAACAUUGUAAUCGGCUCCAUCCUAACGACGGUGGUGGCUUUUGACCCCGACGAGGGAGAAAAUGGGGAAGUGGAGUACGAGCUGGUCGAGGGCGACUCGGACACAUUUGUCAUGGACCGCUACAGCGGCGACAUCCGCCUUGCCUCACAGCUGGUGCCCUCCCGCCUCGUGUACACGCUCACCGUGUCUGCCACUGAUCAUGGCAGUGAGCGCAAGACCUCCAGGACCGACAUGACCAUCAUCCUCCAGGGCCUGGAUGGCCCCGUAUUCACGCAGCCAAAGUACAUCACCAUCCUCAAGGAGGGCCAGCCGCCAGGCACCAACGUGAUCUCCCUGGACGCCUCCAGUCCGCGAGGCCCCGGUGGAAAAGUGGAGUACUUCAUUGUGGCGGUGCGCAGCGGUGGAAAAGCCGCCGGACGCCUCUUCACCAUCGGACGCCACACCGGAGUCAUACAGACGGCGGCGGAGCUCGACAGGGAGAAAGGCUCAGACCUCUACCUGGUGGACGUGUACGCAAUUGAGACGGACGCGAGCCAGCCCAGGACGCAGCGUGCCGAGGUGGAGAUCACGCUGCAGGACGUCAAUGACAACCCGCCUGUUUUCCCCAACGACAUCCUGGAUGUAACCAUCGAGGAGAACGUGGGGGAUGGCUUCAGGAUAAUGCAGCUAACAGCCACGGAUGCAGACGAGGGCCCAAAUGCUCUGGUGACGUACACCAUCAUCAGCGGUGCCGACGACAGUUUUCGGAUUGACCCCGAGUCUGGCGACCUGAUCGCCACCAAGAAGCUGGACCGGGAACGCCGCUCCAGUUACUCCCUGCUGGUGCGAGCCGACGACGGGAAGCAGUCGUCUGACAUGAGGCUCAACAUCACCGUCGAGGACGUCAACGACCACACGCCCAAGUUCUCACGGCCAAUGUACUCGUUCGACAUCCCCGAAGACAUGGCAUCAGGCUCCAUUGUGGCGGCGAUCCUUGCCAGCGACUCUGACUCAGGGGUGAACGGCGAGGUCACAUACUCGCUGGAGGACGACGACGAGGACGAAACCUUCCUGCUGAACCUGGUCACUGGUGUUUUCAACGUGACGCGGCCGCUGGACUACGAGAAUCAGCAGUACUACAUCCUGACGGCCAAGGCGAUGGACGGCGGGGGGCAGGCCAGCACGGUUAGGGUCUACUUCAACAUCCUGGACGUGAACGACAACGCUCCAGCGUUCAACGCCACCGUGUACAGCACAUCGGUUUUGGAGAGCCUGCCGCCUGGAUCCAGCAUUGUUGCUGUCAGUGCCAGGGAUGCAGAUGAUGGUCCCAAUGCACACCUUCUCUACAAAAUUGCAUCAGGCGAUCCACAGGGCCACUUUGUUAUAACCAAAGAGGGGGUUCUACAAACCAAGAAGGCCUUGGACAGGGAGACGCAGUCCUUCUACAACCUGGUGAUCACGGUCAACGACCUGGCUCCGCCGUCGAUGACCCGCUUCACCAGCACAGCCCAAGUGUCCGUCAUCCUCUUGGAUGUCAACGACUGCCCACCCACGUUCAUCUCCCAAAAGAUGACGUACAUCCAGGAGAACACGCCGGUGGACACAUCAGUGUUCACUGCCCGGGCUACGGAUGCCGACAGCGGGCCCAACAGCUACGUCCAGUAUUCUCUCAAGGGACCCUUCGGUAACAAGUUCAGCAUCGGCACUAUCGAUGGGGACAUUAGGUUGAUUGGAGAACUGGACCGAGAGGAGCUCGCCAACUACACUCUAACAGUGGUGGCAACUGAUAAAGGCGAGCCGCCGCUGUCCUCCACCAUGGAUGUGACCAUGUUGGUUCUGGACGUCAAUGACAACACACCAAGCUUCUCCCAAAAUAUCUACGACAUUGAGAUCGAGGAGAACACCUUGAGCGGGACAGACAUCAUCCAGGUGUUUGCCACCGACGCAGACGAAGGCACAAAUGGGCAAAUCCGCUUCUCUGUCUCAGGGGGAAAUACCAACGGAGACUUCAGAAUGGAUUCGGUCACAGGGAUGGUGUCGGUGGCCAAGCAGCUGGACCGGGAAGUCCAGUCUUCUUACUCGCUGGCAGUCCAAGCAUCUGACCGUGGAAGCAGUCCAAGGGUAGACCGCGCGACGGUGAACAUCGUGUUGCUGGAUGUCAAUGACUGCUCGCCUGUGUUUGAGCUCUCUCCUUACACAGUCAACGUUCAGGAAAACCUUCAGGAGCUACCGAGAAACAUCCUGCAGGUUGUCGCCAGGGACGACGACCAAGGCGCCAACGGUCAGCUCAGCUACAUGCUGAGUGGAGGCAAUGACGAAGGCGCCUUCAGCUUGUCGUCCAGUGGUCAACUGAGUCUGACUCAGACUCUGGACCGCGAGGCUCAAGGGGAAUACAUCCUGCUGAUCACAGCCACAGACUCGGGUUCUCCUUCAUUGAGCGGAACAGGGACGGUGACGGUUCUGGUGGACGACGUCAAUGACAACGUGCCGCUUUUCUCCUCAUCCGCCUUCCACACCACCAUCACAGAGGACGCCCCCACUGGGACCGACGUGCUACUGGUGAACAGUUCCGACGCAGACAUAGGCCUCAAUGGUGUCAUCAGCUACAGUUUGACUGGAGGCCAUGGACAGUUCUCCAUCAACCCGGCGACCGGACAGAUUAUCACCAGUUCCCUGCUGGACCGAGAGGAGCGAGCCAAUUACCAGCUGCUCGUGGUGGCGACAGAUGGAGGGCAGCCGCAGGGCCUGUCCAGCUCGGCCACCGUGUCUGUGACGGUGGCGGACAUCAACGACAACCCGCCACGCUUCCACCACCACCCUUACGUCACCCACAUCCCUGCAUCCACAGCGGCAGGGUCAUUGGUCUUUGCUGUUACUGUCACCGACGAAGACUCUGGAUCCAACGCCCAGUUGCACUACUCUCUGAUGGGACGCAACUCUGACAAAUUCAAGAUCGACCCCAUCCGAGGUGCCAUCACUGCCAACGAGAAGCUGACUGGGACCUCUGAGGUUACCCUCACGGUUCGAGUUAAAGAUGGCGGAGCCAACCCCAAAACUGACACGACCACCGUGACGGUCCGCUUCGUCAACGGAGGAAACUUUCCGAUCAUCAAGCUCAAGGAACAUGCCUUCACCUUCCCUGAGAGCCAGCCGACCAAUCACCUCAUCACAGCCGUGACAGGGUCUUCCAGGAGGGGCGGGCCGUUAUCCUACUACAUCGCGAGCGGUAACCUGGACAACGCCUUUAACAUUGACCAGCUGUCCGGCGACCUCGUCAUCAGGCAUCCGUUGGAUUAUGAACACAUUCAGAAAUAUGUUCUCUGGAUUGAGGCCAGAGAUCAAGGCUUUCCACCAUAUUCGUCGUAUGAAAGAGUGGACAUCACUGUGCUGGACGUCAAUGACAAUCACCCGGUGUUUGAUAAGGACCCCUUUCAUGCCGAGAUACUGGAGAAUCUGUCACCUCAACGGGUGCUAAUGGUCCCUGCUGUCGAUCUUGAUAAUGGACCUAAUGGGCAGCUGGAAUAUGCCAUCAUUGAUGGAAACAAGGAGAACAGCUUCAGUAUCAGUCGCGCCACCGGUGAGCUACGAACCACCAGGCCGCUUGACCGUGAGAAGGUGGCCCAGUACCUUUUGAAAGUCAAAGCCACGGACAGAGGGUUGCCGCCGAAAAACUCAGCAGUCAAAGUGAAAAUCAGUGUGCUAGAUGUAAAUGACAACGCCCCCCGGUUUUCAAAGAUAUUUAGCGCAACUGUGGCCGAGAAUGCGCCCGUCGGUUACACGGUCACGAGAGUCACCACCACCGAUGAGGAUGCUGGAGCUAACGCUAUUAGUCGUUAUUCAAUCACGGACACCAGCCUUCCAUUUAGCAUUCAUCCAAACACAGGGGACAUAACAAUCAGUAGGCCACUUAACAGGGAGGACACAGAUCACUACAUUGUCAAAGUGUCUGCCCACGACUCUGGCUGGACAGUUAGCACAGAUGUCACCAUAUUCAUAACAGAUAUCAACGACAAUGCCCCCAGAUUUAGUCGUCCAUCCUAUUACCUUGACUACCCUGAGUUGACUGAGGUGGGCUCCUUGGUAACGCAGGUGUCAGCCACUGAUCCCGAUGAAGGUUUCAAUGGCAAAAUAUUUUAUUUUAUUCGGUCCCAGUCGGAGUACUUCAGAAUUAACGCCAGCUCCGGAGAGAUAUUUGUGAAGCAACAGUUGAGAUAUCUGAAUUCGACAGGCACCAGCAGUUUGAACAUUAAUCGCCAGAGUUUCAUUGUCACGGCCUCAGAUCGUGGGCGCAAACCCUUAAUGAGUGAGACGACAGUCAUUGUGAAUAUCGUUGACAGUAACGAUAAUCCUCCCGAGUUUGAUUCACCAGGCUACUUUACUCCUGUCACAAAGAGUGUCAAAGUUGGUACCAGACUACUAAAAAUUGUAGCUCAUGACAAAAAAGACUUUGGCCUCAACUCUGAAGUUGAGUACUUAAUUACAGGAGGUAAUAGCUCUAGUAAAUUCAAAUUAGAUAAAAUGAGCGGGUGGGUCACUGUCGCAUCACCCCUCAUAUCUGACAUAAACAAGCUUUUCCUCAUGGACGUCGCAGCCAGCGACAGAGGAAAUCCCCCUUUGUCCACACAAACAGCAGUGCGAAUCGCCGUCACAGAGGAAAACCACCACACGCCUGAGUUCUCGCAAAGCCAAAUCUCAGCCACAGUGCCUGAAAGCCUUGUUGUGGGAACAGCAAUAAGGACCCUGUCAGCCAGAGACAAAGACAAAGAAAUGAAUGGCCUUAUCAAGUAUAAUAUUACAUCAGGAAACACGAAAGGGUUGUUUACACUUAAUAGCAAAACAGGGGUGUUAUCCCUAGCGCAGUCUCUGGAUUUCGAAGAAAACCAACAACACGAGCUGAGAGUUUCAGCUACAGAUGGUGGUUGGAUUGCAAAAUCCAGCUAUGUCACUGUCACGAUUCACGUGACUGAUGUGAAUGACAAUCCUCCACUGUUUGAUCCAGACGAGUACUACCCUAUCGUACAGGAGAACGUUCCAAGUGGUACCACCGUGGUGAAAAUGAAUGCCAGUGACCUUGAUUCGGGAGCUAACGCCGUCGUGGCCUAUGUCAUACAAUCAUCAGACAGUGACCUCUUUGUUAUUGAUCCCAACACGGGCACCAUCACCACUCAGGGGUUCUUAGAUUAUGAGGCUAAACAGGUCUAUCAUUUGACAGUGAAGGCAUUCAACGUCCCAGACGAGGAACGCUGCAGCUUUGCCAAUGUCAACAUUCAGAUAAAGGGAGCCAAUGAAUACGUACCCCGUUUUGUCUCCAAAGAGUACUACUUUGAAAUAUCUGAAGCCGCUCCAAAAGGAACAGUGGUUGGGGAAGUUUUUGCAAGUGAUCGUGACCAAGGUGACGAUGGAGUUGUCUACUACCUCAUUUUUGGGAAAAGCAGGAGGAAGGGCUUUGGCAUCAACAAGCGAACUGGACAGAUUUAUGUCACAGGUGUACUGGACCGCGAGAAAGAGGAAAAGAUUUCACUUAGAGUGAUGGCCAAAAACGCCGGUGCUAUCCGCGGUGCAGAUAUCGAUGAGGUUUUUGUGAACAUCACAAUACUGGAUGCCAAUGAUCCGCCUGUCUUUUCUCAAGAGUUGUAUGACGUGCAAGUUAGUGAAGGUCUCUCACCUGGUGGUCUGGUUACGUUUGUGAGUGCCGAGGACACAGACUCUGUCCCAAGCUGGAGCCGAUUUUCAUACUCCAUUGCACCACAGUUUGAUAAAAAGGUUUUCACCAUUAACCCCAAAACUGGCCAAGUGUCUGUUGCAGCCGCGCUCGACAGAGAAACAAUGCCUGUGUAUAAUCUAACCAUUUUCGCUGUGGAUACUGGCACACCUCCUUCUACUGGAAGCGCCACGUUGAUUGUGAACCUGGAAGAUAUCAAUGAUAAUGGUCCAAGUCUGACAACCACGUACGCUGAAGCAAUGGAGAACCAGAAAUCUGGCACUGCGGUAACUACGUUAACAGCUUCCGACCCAGACUUACCACCCAAUCAAGGACCUUACAUAUACAGUCUUCUCAGCUCUGGCUCUGCCAACAGCUAUUUCAAUCUAAGUCCGGCUGGAAUGCUCACCACAAGUCGGGAGAUUGACAGAGAACAGAUGAGUGACUUCUAUCUCUCCAUCGUGAUCAAGGACUCUGGUGUACCUCAAAUGUCCUCCACGGGAACCAUACAUGUCAAAAUAAAUGAUCAAAACGACAACCCUUCAGAGCCGAGGUCAAUGGAAAUCUUUGUUCACUACUUCGGAAAUAUAUUUCCUGGAGGUUCGUUGGGAGACGUUAAACCCCAAGACCCUGACAUUCAAGACAGGUUCCACUGUUCCCUCAUUCCACCUUCCUCUGCGCUGUUUAAUAUUCCUACUGGAACAUGCAAGCUAAACUCGAAAGCACGUUCAACAGAUGGAAACUUUGAAUUAACCAUCCGAAGCAGUGAUGGUGUCCACGGUCCAGUCAGCAACACAGCGCGGGUCCUUUUCAUGGGCUUCACAAAUGCCACAGUAGAUAACAGCAUUCUAAUCAGGCUCCAGUCUCAUGGAGUCAGAAACUUCCUCACCGACCAUUACCUCAGCUUUUUACGCAUUGCCAACUCUCAGCUAGCGGGACUAGGCACUGGGGUCCUGCUUUACGGUGUGUUUGAGCUCAACAACCAGACUUUCUUGAUGGCAGCUAUCAAACGAGGACAUGGACAAUAUGUGAACCCCAGUGGUGUGGCCACAUUCUUCCAGAGUAUCAAAGAAAUUUUGAAUAGACAGAGUGGUGUGCAAAUAGAUGCUGUGGACCACGAUCCAUGCACACGCAACCCGUGCCAGAACGGGGGCAGCUGCAAGAGGCGUCUCACUGUUGGGCCUGAUAUGAAAACAGAGGAAAGUGUUCCGGUGAUCCUCGUAUCCAACCACCCGCUGCAGCCUUACGCUUGCAGCUGCAGGCCGGGAUACACUGGAGCUGUCUGCGAGACAGACGUCGAUGAGUGCCAGCCUUCCCCUUGUCACAAUGGGGGCACUUGCCACAAUCUGGUGGGGGGUUUCUCCUGCACCUGUCCUGAAGGUUUCACUGGCAUGGCAUGUGAGAGGGACAUCAAUGAAUGCCAUUCCAAUCCUUGCAAGAAUGGUGCACUGUGCCAGAACUUCCCCGGCGGCUUCAACUGCCUCUGCAAAUCCGGAUUUGCAGGCAAAACAUGUGAUUCCAUCAUCAAUCACUGUGAGUGUAACCCAUGUUUUAAUGGCGGCUCCUGUCAGAACCGGGUGGAUGGAUAUUAUUGUCAUUGUCCAUUUGGGGUUUUCGGUAAACACUGCGAGUUGAACAGCUAUGGCUUUGAGGAUCUGUCUUAUAUGGAGUUCCCGUCGCUGGACCCCAACAACAACUACAUUUACAUCAAGUUUGCCACCCUGAAGAACAACGCUUUGCUCAUGUACAAUCACGAUAACCAGACCGGAGACAAGGCAGAGUUCUUGGCCCUGGAGGUCUUGGAGGGCCGGAUGCGCUUCUCCUUCAACUUGGGGAGUGGAACAUACAAACUGAUGACCAUGAUAAAAGUGUCCGACGGGCAGUUCCACACAGUCAUCGCCAGGCGGGCUGGGAUGGCCGCAUCGUUGACAGUGGACCUGUGCGGUGAAGACCACGAACCAGGCUACUGUGCCGUGAGCAACGUGGCCGUUCACACCGACUGGAUCCUGGACGUGGAGCCCAAUCGGCUGUCAGUUGGGGGCGUUAGGUCAAUGGAGUCAGUCCUCCACCGGCGCGGUCAGAUAGCCACCCAUGACUUUGUCGGCUGCAUCAUGGAGUUGGCCGUCAAUGGCCGCCCACUGGAGCCCAGUCAGGCGCUGGCAUCGCACGGCAUCCUUGACAGAUGCCCAAGACUGGAAGCGGCUUGCACCGCCAGCCCCUGCAGACACGGGGGCACCUGUUUGGACCACUGGUCUUGGCAGCAGUGCCAGUGUGUGGACGGCUUCACUGGCAAAUACUGUGAGAAAUAUAUCACGGCCGACACCGCGCUAUCCCUGGAUGGCACCGGUCGCCUGGACUACGCCCUGAAGCAGGGCCCCAAGCGUGACGUCCUACUGAGGAGGUCGCUGCAGGGCAGGAUCCCGGACCCCGUCGUUCCCAGCCGUCUGGAGGUCAAGUUCAGGACGCGUGGCAAGAGCGGCACAUUGCUGCACGUGCAGGAGACCAGCAACUACACCACUGUUAAGCUGAGGAACGGCAACAUCCACUACAUCUCGGAUGCAGGUGUGGGCGGCAAAGUGGAGCGAACCAUGGGGGACAUGGUGCUGUCUGAUGGACUGUGGCACACCCUCAUGCUGGUUAAGAAUGGCUCCACCACCUUGAUGCAAGUGGACAACAGCCACUCCCGCGUCAUCCAGCUUCCCACACAGGAUUUUGGAGGUCUCGGAGUCCUCACCAUUUCGCUCGGAGGCAUCCCACCUGGUCCCGCACAGCAAAAAACUGCGGCAGGUUUCGAUGGGUGCCUGGCCUAUGUGAAAUAUAAUGGCGAGAACCUGCCUUUCACCGGCGAGCACGGCCUCGCUGUGUUAACGAAAACCAGUCCAUCUGUCAAGAUUGGUUGCAGAGGUCCAAACUUGUGCGAGAGCAGCCCAUGCUGGGACGGCUUGAUGUGCAUCAACCAGUGGUACACGUACCAGUGUGUCCCACCUGGCGACUGUGCCUCCAGUCCCUGUCAGAACCACGGAAGCUGCGUGCCAGAUCCCCGUUUGGGUUUCACCUGCGUCUGUUCCGAAUUCUACACCGGAAAGACGUGCGAGACCCAAGUGGCCUGCCUGGGUGUCCAGUGCCCUCAAGGGACCAUAUGCAAGACGGCCAACAACGGCGGGUUUGUCUGCAGUCCAAAUCCCGCAACGGAAGCCAUGGUUCUCCCUAUUUGGGCGGUCCCCGCUAUCGUCGGUAGCUGUGCCACGGUGCUUGCCUUGGUUGUGCUAAGUCUCAUCCUGUGCAAUCACUGCAAGGAUCGCAAUAAAACCAAAGUGCCAAAGGAUUCCAAGGAGAAGAAACCCAAGGAGAAGAAGAAAAAGAAGAAGGGCAGUGAGAACGUGGCUUUCGAUGACCCAGACAACAUCCCACCGUAUGGAGACGAUAUGACGGUGCGCAAGCAGCCAGAAGGGAAUCCGAAGCCGGAUAUCAUUGAGAGGGAAAAUCCGUAUCUGAUCUACGAUGAAUCUGACAUCCCUCACACCAAUGAAGCCGUUCCAAGUGCUCCCUGCGCCCCUUGUAACGACCCAGAGGCCGAUAUCGAGCACUACGACAUUGAUAACGCCAGCAGCAUCGCACCAUCGGACGCGGACAUCAUCCAGCAUUACAAGCAGUUCCGAAGCCACACUCCCAAAUUCUCCAUCCAGAGGCACAGCCCGCUGGGUUUUGCAAGGCAGUCGCCCUUACCCCUGGGUGCCACCAGUUACUCCUACCAACCUCAAUACACUCAAGCCUUACGAUCCACUCCGCUCAGCCACGCACACUCAGCUUGCCCCACGCCGAACCAUCUUUCCAGACAAUCCCCGGCCCCAUUCACCAAGCCCUCCACCUUUUACAGAAACACCCCGACCAGGGAGCUCAACCUUGCUCGCCGCGAGGGAAGCCCCCUGGAUCUGCACAAUGACAUGUGCCAACCACCGCCCAUGUUCAACUAUGCCACCCGGCUGGGAAGGCGCAGCAAGAGUCCACAGACCAUGGCCAGCCACGGCCACACGUCCCGCCCGGGGAGUCGGCUCAAGCAGCCAGUUGAGCAGAUCCCUCUGGAGACAGGGCCCCCUGUGGGGCUCUCCAUUGAGGAAGUGGAGCGACUGAACAAUCCGCGUCCUCGCAACCCCAGCAUCUGCAGCGCCGACCACGGGCGCUCCAGCUCCGAAGAGGACUGCCGCCGGCCUCUCUCACGGGUCCGCAACCCCGCUGACGGCAUCCCCGCCCCAGAAUCCUCGUCGGAGAGUGACUCACAUGACUCCUUCACCUGCUCGGAGAUGGAGUACGACCGUGAAAAACCCGUUUCUUAUAGCUCCCGGGUACCCAAGCUCUCGCAAGUCAACGAGUCCGACGCGGAUGACGAGGACUACGGCGGGAGGCUGAAGCAGAGGCGGUACUCGAGCCGUCGGGCGGAAGGGGGUCCUGGCAUGGCCCAGUUGCCCCCCAAUGAGCAGCACAAUACCCUGCCUCACAAACUGGGCCCGCCAGCUGGGGCAUUCAACUGGGACAAUCUUUUGAGCUGGGGCCCCGGUUUUGGACAUUACGUCGACGUAUUCAAGGACUUAGCAAUGCUUCCCGAAAAUGCAUCUGUACAGGACAUUGAAAUGAACAGUGGGGAUGGGUCGGUCACCAUUCUCAAUGAAGGAGAAGCGGAACAAUACGUAUGAGACUAUUUAUUGUCACGUUGUAGAUUAUGGUGAUGUUCUUAGAAAAGAACGGCGGACUAUGCCGGUGUUGAUUAAUCGAAAAAUAAUGACGACGACUUUCAAUGCAGUAAGGCAGAACCAACGGCACCUGAAUUCACCUUGGAAAAGUUUGACCAGUCUCCGUCCAGCUGUCCCGUCAUGUGUUGUUUGCACCCUUUGAAGAAGCCUGUGUCUGAAUUCAAUUGACCCCCAUACAUGUUAUCUCGGUGAAUCGUUUCUUUUCUUUAUUAUCGAUGUUGCCUCUCCCUCGCAGCCCGAAAGAUAAAACGGCAGAUUAAAUUAACACUCCCAGCUGUAGACCGAAACAAAACUCCUGUUCAUACGUUGUCGGUCGAGUUUUAAUACCACCGCAAAGGAAGCAUGUGCUUUUUGAAGGGGGACCGCACCUGCAGACACUGCGUGAAAUGAAGUACUCUGAUGUAAAUCACACCCCUUCUCCGCCUUGGGUUUUGUUUUCUCACAGAAAGCUGGCUAAUUGCUCCAAGAGUGACAAUGAAUCAAGUCGCCCGCCUUACACACAUUUGAGGAUUGCAGCAUGGGGAGAAAUAUGGUGUUGUUUUUUAAUGCUUUUGGGUGUUAUAGUUUGUUAAAAUGCUUUGCCAUUUUGUUUUUCAAGCCACAUGAUGACAACAUAUGGAUCUUUUUUUCUGAAAUGACCCAAACAGACAAACAGAGACUGUACUGUAAAUGUUCACACAAUUCAAACGUGGAGUCAUUUGUCAUUGGUGUCUUCGUCAAUUAUGUUGACAUUAUGGUGUAAGGUUGCUUCGUUUUUUUGUACGGUUUAUUAACUUAAUUUACUUAAGCUGUGUUUUUAUGGAUAUUUUUUCAUAAUCCGAAAUCUAUGUUCUUACUUUCGGGGAAAGUAAGGGUUGAAGACCUAUUUUUUACAUCUGUUACAUAUGUAACGUCAGUAUUUUCCACUUUUUUUUUUUAUAAAACUAUAACAUGCUGUAUGCUUUGUACUUGUAAAAAGCCAAUAACAGAAUAAAAAAAAUAUUUAUUU